AUGUCCCGCCAUCACCCCGAUCUCGUCAUGUGCCGCAAAAUGGCCGGCAUCUCCAUCGGAAGGCUAUGCGACAAAUGUGAUGGCAAAUGUCCGGUUUGCGAUUCUUACGUGCGACCUACAACCCAAGUCCGCAUAUGCGACGAAUGCGCCUUUGGCAAUUACCAGAACAAGUGUGUCGUGUGCGGCGGAGAAGGAAUCUCGGAUGCCUUCUAUUGUUUCGAAUGCACACGGCUCGAGAAAGACCGUGAUGGCUGUCCGAAAAUCAUCAAUUUGGGUAGUUCAAGGACAGACUUGUUCUAUCAGAAAAAGAAUUUCCGAAAUCAUUAAGAUUGCUUACCGGAGCCGUCUCUCCCACAGAAUCCUCAAGCCUCCUCACAGCUCCAAGUAUUUGGCAGAUCCAG